UGUAGUUUACACGCUACUGUAACUGAAUGUUCACUUAUGUUUAUUUCAUUUGAACGAUAAAACAUUAAAUGAAACUAAAACAACGUCGGAUUGAUAUUUAACUAGCCGUAAAAUAUCAUUAAACCUCUGUCUAUUUUCACUAACAAACAGUUUGUUAUUGUUGAAGCUUUACCCUUUGCUUAAAGUCUCUUUUUUUCCCUGUGUAACUUCACAGUUGACCAACCUAUUUUUUUUUCUAUCUCCAUCCCAGACUUUUUUUUUUUUCCUUUUCUUUUUUUUUUUUUCAUGCAGGCUAAUAUUCAGGCCGGCGCUGCAAUUUCAGAAUCUGCCCUUGUGUAUGGCGGACGAAAAUUUCCACAGGAGGAACCGCAACACUAAACCCUGUGCACGGCACAGACGGAGCGGCUCGACGUAGCCGUCAAACCCCUCGAAUUCAUCACUCAAAUACGCCAUCUCGCUUUACUAAAAUGUAACGUAGCGGGUCACAGGGAAGGGAAAAAACCUCUAUGGUGAAAUUUUUAUCAUUUGGAAUUUCUCAUAACUAAUUCACAAUUUUUUUUUUUUUUGAGGAAGCAGUUUUUGUGCCGUCACCUCUGAUCGGGGAGGGAGGAUUUUCUGGAGCAGGAGCCUGUUUCGCAUGAGCUGCAUCGCAUUUAGAGGCAGCCUCUUUGCACCACUGUUCGCCUCUACACCAGAAGCACAGGCUCAGGAGGUGGAGUCAUGAGCGCACAGGAGGCACCUAAUCCUGGGAAGGAGAAAGCUGAAAGUGGGAAUGGAAAUGCAGCCACAGAUGCCUUGACAGCCACAAGUAGUACUCCACCGUCGGUUGCUGUAAAGAAAGAGCCUGGGACCUCAGAGAAGAGCAAUGGGAAAGUCGGAGAUGCCAACCCUGCUGAGAUCUGUGUCGUUAUUGGAGGAAAAGAUGGAGGAUCAAGUGAUUCUGGAACCCGCAGUGCUCAAAUCGAGGGUAUGUUUGCCCUUGGUACUCCUCCUCCAACGAAGAGCACUGACUCAUGCAUAGGUUCGUAUGUAUGUGCAGUGUGUGGAAAGAAGUACAAGUAUUACAACUGCUUUCAGACACAUGUCAGAGCACAUAGAGAAUCAGAGAGCAUGGUUGGAGAUGGUCUGCCUCAGACACCCAAUAGGACAUAUCUGUUGCUGUCAACUGGUAGCUUCCGCUACUCUUGUGACAUCUGUGGCAAGAAGUAUAAAUAUUACAGUUGUUUCCAGGAGCACCGUGACCUGCAUGCAGUGGAUGAUCCAUAUGAACAGGUGGUGCUACCUGUUGAUGGCCUUAAAGAGGAGGAGCCUGUUGAACCCUAUCAGAAAAUUGGACCAAAAACUGGGAGCUAUGUCUGCGAGUUCUGUGGGAAACAGUACAAAUACUUCAACCCGUACCAGGAACAUGUUGCUCUUCAUACACCAUUGGGCUCAUUUGAUUUGAAGACAUCACGUACACAGGAAUGUGCUACUCUGGAUAUGAGUAAAUUUACUCACAGCCAAGCUAGUAAAAUAAAAAGUCUGAGCAAAGCAUUGAGCAACAGCCCAUUUAGGCGGAAAUUAGAGAGCGCAAUUCAGACCAGUUUGGUUGACACAAACAGUUCGCAGAACUCAAGUGGAACGCCUAGCCCCCUGGUGGCCACCACCUUCUCUACAACCCAAAAGCCCUACACUUGUGGUGCCUGUGGCAUCCAGUUCCAGUUCUACAACAACCUCCUGGAGCACAUGCAGUCGCACGCUGCUGAUAAUGAGAACCACACCAAAGGGGACUCUCCCAAAACCUCUUCAGCUUCGGGUCCUCAAGAGCAGCUGUGGAGAGGGUCCCAAGCUCAGGCCCAUCCCUCAGUGAAACUACAAAUCCAGCCUCAAAGUAUCUCUCAGAGGAACCACACACUCAGCCAGAAUAACGGGCUACCUGAGAAGGAGAGACAGCAGGUGGCUGAGCGCCUAUUACGGGUAAUGUGCUCUGACCUGAACAUGCUCAAUGUGCUAAACAGCAAAGACUUCCUAAAGCUGGCUCAGACCCUUGUGGACACAGGGGCUCGUCAUGGUGCCUACUCCACCCGUGAUGCUCUUGGCAACAUGAGUGCCUUGGCACUGCGCCAGCUGCCCCGCAUGUACAACCAGGUGAAAGUCAAAGUCACAUGUGCCCUGGGCUCCAAUGCGUCACUGGGCAUCGCCGUGACCUGCCACUCCCAGACCUCAGGUCCAGAUGCCUGCUAUGUUCUCACAGCCUACCAGGUGGAGGGGUCCCGGCUCAAACGUUACGUGCUCGGUGUAAGGGAGGCAGAGCUGAGGGAGGGGCCUGAGCAGAUUCACCACUGGGUGCAGAACGUGCUGUCUGAGUUUGUCAUGUCAGACAUUCGAACUGUUUAUGUUUCCGAGCCUCGACUGUGGGCAGCCGGAUUUGCAGGAUCACCACUAGGGGGUGGUGGCCGGGGCAGGAUAUGCUUGCGGUGUGCAGGGUGUUCGCUCGGCGCUGUUGUUCAGGCAGUUCUUGGGAAACGCAGCCUCCAGGCUCGAGGGCUUCAUGAGUUAGCCGAGCUUCUUUCAACCUGCAGAGAUAUCGCCUCUUCUACUACGCUGGCUCAUCGUGAGGAACAGUGCUUCAACACGUCCACAAGCACAACUGAGGAAAGUACACAGGGCUCCCCUGCACAAUGUCCCACACCGCCGUGCUGGGAUCGCAUGGCAGAAGCCCUCUUGCAGGUCCACGCACACUUUGAACACAUUUGUGAGGCCUAUGGCCGCAGUAAGUCCACAGCUCCACUUCUUCAAGGACUUAAUAAGCAUCUGCUAAGCACUCUGGCUUGUCUGCUGGCACCUCUUCGCCUGGCAGCUCUGGAGCUGAGCAGCCAGAGGAGACCAACCUUACAGCUGGUACUGCCAGUCUACCUUCGUUUGGAAAAGUUCUUCACAUCUAAAGCUGGGGAGGCCGGAACCGGCACAGCUAGCAAACUCUGCCACUAUUUCCUUGAAGCACUCAAGGAAAAUUUUAAGGUUGAAAGAGCUCAUCAGGUAGCCAUGGUCCUGGACCCACAGCUCAAGCUGCGUUCAGUGCCAGCCUACCAGCAUGAGGACAUCAUUUCCCGUGCCUGUGAAAUGGCUGCUGAAACCAGGGAUGGUGGUAUGAGUGGUGGUGGUUCAGGUGGAGAAGAGCGGGAUGGAGAUGGACCCCCCACCCCUAAAAUAAGCCGCAUGGAUGGUGCUGGAAGCAACGGCGGACCCUCAAGAGGUUCCUCCCUGGUUUCUGGGACUGAUGAAGGUUCGGGCCAGGUUAGACAAGAGAUUUUUCAGUACCUGGCCGAACCUCCUGUCCAAGGUACGCCUGACCUGUUCCAGUACUGGAGCUCAACAGUGAUUGAGAAGUUCCCCAGGCUCGCUCGCUUGGCACUGUGGCUCCUCGCUGUGCCAGCGGUGGGCAUACGCAGUGAGUGUGUGACUGUGUGUGAACAAAGUCUGGCAAUGAAGAGGAGGCAGCAGGUCACUGCUGAGGAGAUGAACAAACUCAUUUUCCUUCGCUCUAAUAUGGGUUAGAAAAGCAACCCAACAACCCCUAAUCAACCAAACCAUCAUCCACCAAUGACUAAGACACAUAUUUAUUUACUGUAGGUUUAGAUAAACUGUAAACAUCAGUGUGCAAGAAAACUAAGCACUCCUCAAGGCAGAAUAAUACAGAAAAACUCACACUGCAAAGACGUCAAACACCUAUAAAAUUAAAUGGCUUUUUACAUAUUUUGUGAGGACUGGACAGUUGUAAAGUACAGAGAGCAAAGCGCAUGAGUGGAAUGGUAUCUCUCAGAAGACAAGACAGUACUGUUUGGUCCGCUGCCCUUGGUUCAGGACGCAUGUGUGAGCAGGAAGAAUUUCAUCUGUCAUAGUCAGUGAUUUGAAUUACUCCAGCCUAAUAAUUAAGCUUCUACAAGGCUACGAUGCUGUUACUCUCACUGGUUGACAACAUUUUCAGGUAAUUACAGCUCUCACUGCUUCGGUCUACUGUCAAACACAUCUGAAAAAAACAAACCUACUUCUCAAAACCGUUCAGGAGGGAGAUAACGGCAAACUACUGUAGCAGUGAAUUUACGGUGUAUGAUGAAAGAAUUAUGUAGUGAAUCUUCACUGGCAAUGCAUCUCCGAAAAUCAGGUGCACUAGGUUUAGGAUUUUCCUACACAGCUCACUGAAAAGUAAAAUACUGCAGCUUAGUCAACAUUGGACAAUAGGUGGAAAACAGAGCUUAGUUGUUGCAGAUGCGUUGAUGGCCAAACAAUGUAGCAUUGGAGGAUUUGCAUGGACUGCAUGCAUUUUUUCUCAAUCGAAAAGGUAACUGACUUUUUGUGAUGCUUUCCUUUUUGCUUACAAAGUGUGAAGAAAAUAAUGAAAUUGUUGUCUUUGCUUUUUGAUAUACAAGUCAAACUAUUAGACUUGCACAGAAAAGUUGAAAUGAAUAGAUUUAAGCAGAAGGGUUAAAAGAGGAAAGCAUCAAAUUAAAUGGUUUUAUUUUCAUUACUUUUUUAAUGAAAUUGUUCAGUCAUACCUAUUAUAGCUGUGUUGCUCCCAAAAUGAAUACCAUAACAUUAUUAAAUAAUAUGUUUUAUUGUUUUAAAACAGCACAAUCCUGCUAUUAUAUUACUUAAAAACAUUAUAGGGUUGAUUUGAAUAGCGUAACGGUAAUUUCCACUGCUGGUAAUUCAGGAAUGCAACAUCACUCUGUAUCCACAAUCAACUAUAAGUAGCAUCAAUGCACUUCUUUUCACAUUCACACGUUGUACCUGUGCGUUACUAUCAGAUGAACAUCAUUCAUUUGGUGAGCUUGCUUGCACAUCUUUUUUCCAUAAUUGCAUCUUUUAGCAUGUGUAUUUAUUUUUUGAAGCUCGGUGAGAAGAAAAAUACUGUCCAUUGAAAGUUUGUUAGUUUGUUCUGUUGUUGCUUCCUAGUUUUAUCAUUCUAAUACAAACAUUGUCUUCCUAUUUUGAGCUAUACAUUUCCAUUUUUAAGGCAAUAAGCUUUAAUACAGCACACAGCUCCCGUUAUCUGACUGUUCUCAUGGCGAAAUAGUCAUUAUUUCCACAUCAAAUCGUUUUAACGUUUGUAAAAUCCAUAGGAUUUUCUCAGGAAGGAGCACAUCCGAGCAGGCACCGCCACUUUUUCCUCACUGUACCUAAAGGAAACCAAACUGUGACCUCAGUGCUGAGGUGGAUACCGAAACCACGGCUUUGUUUUCAACCAUUCCACCCAAAAUACAGCCGGUGCCCUCAUAAAGCAUGAAAAGGAGAGACACCAAGGGUGUGUUUUUUUUGUCUACCAGUGUAUUAACUAGAGUUAACACAGGUGUAUUCAUGAAGUGAGUGUACAUUUAAUUGUGCUAAUACCUCCUUGAACGGCUUGGAAGAAUGGAAACUGCUGUUUGUUGCCUUUGGUAAUAACUAUUCAAGCGCUAGUUUGUUCUCUUUGCUUUUGGGCCUUAAGUCUCUUCCAUGACUCCACCUGUAACCCCUUAGUUAUCUUGCCUUUGUUUUAUAAAUUAAUUGCCUUAUUUUGAUUGCUUUA